AUGUAUCGCUCAUGCUGUGAAGGAUGCAUUGUGGCAUCUCCCAUCAAGCCAACGGUGGCCAUUACAAUACAUACAUUGGAAGUAAAUCGCCAGACACACCGUGUGUGUCCACACCUUAGUAUUCAUGCUGAGGCGAAAAAGUUGUGUCAUCUUCAUGGGAUUCAUUAUCACCGGUAUCUUGCGGAUCAGUUGUGGGUUGCCUUCGAUGUCUAUAUCGAAGUCCAGCAUCGUGUCGAUACUCAUGUCGACUCUGCACUGGGACAAGAUUCACCUAACUGGCAUAUGCUCAACGCAUGUCCUGCUUGCCACUACGAAUUUGAGGAUGAGCCCACCAUAUUCUUUUCUUUCCAGCUCUCGAUGGACAGAAACAAUUCUGCCAAACUUGUAGACCCAGUUCUCCACCACAGCAAUGAGCACCCUGAUCCCCGAGACCAGUGCUGUUAUUUUUGGAUGUCAGAGGAAUAUGUUGAUAGGUUCAAGCACGAGGUUUGCAAUGCACGACAGCAGGCAUCGUUGCCUACUGAGGUGCCAGAUUCAGGGCAGGCUACCAAGACUAAUGACACAUGGGUAGAUGAACCUGACUCAGAUGAUUCUAGCUCAUCGGAGCCAGUCUCUGUGUGUCUAGAUCUUCUUACCAUAUGUGAUAUGGUGAGAAGUGGAGAACUGUAA